AGCGUAGCAAGAGAGAGAGAGAGAAAAAUGUUUGAACGGACACAACAAAGUGGACCGGAGGAGCGCAGUCGGCUGCAGGAGCAGUGGGCGCCUGGUGCGGCUCCCGGCGGCACGUUGUUCCUCCUGAAGACCGUCCGCUGUGUCCGCGACUUCUUCUCGACGCGCGCUGUUUCCUCACAGUCCGAUUGGACGCGGUGGGCCGUGUGAGGGGUACGGUGCGUUCCUCCGGUGCUUGUAACCCAGCAACUGUCCCGGUGAAUGACCAGUUGAACAAAUCCCAUUAAUGGCACCAUUAUUGAAUUUCUGAGGGAGGACGUGCGUGGGGAGAGCUGUGCGCAAUAGCGCCCGAGAGUCGAGACAACGCGCCUGCACAGCAGCUUUGUGUUUGAUUCGGCGGUGACUUGGCAGGUAUGGCUCUGGACACGCAGGCGUCCCCACUGCGCAGGCGCGCCAGCACGUCUCCUCCUCCUACCUGAGGGGAGCGCACCUUGAUCCAACGAGACGGAAGUUUCGUGAGGGGGAAGACAACAGCAGAUCUUUUUUCUUUUUUUGCAACAGACUCGUUCCCACGGAGAGAACGUUUGGAGUUCGAGCAGCAAACAGAGGACCUCCGGUCCAAGCAGGAUGCGAUGUGUCGGAUUGUGAAGGAACAAUUGAACGGGAUUGUUCCAACCUCGACCUGUUCUCCCAUCGACUCAUGGGACAUGGCAUGUAAUGCAGCACUACUUUGCCUGCAUUCCCCCCCCCCAAACAUCACAAGGUCGAUCUGCUAUUCAUCAUCUGAGUGUAUUUAUUCCAGCUGAGUCUCGGUCCAGAGGCCGCCUGCUCUCCAUCACAGAAGAAUGACAGCUCUCCGCAGAGUCCUCCGAAGGCGACUGCACCCACUUAAACUGGUGAUAGUGGCGCUGGUAUUUGUCUCGUUUGUGUUCCUCAUACAAUGGGAGGUGGGGAGCCAAGACCAACUGGAGGAGCCCUGGCUGAAGGAGAUGGUGGUGAAGCGGGACGCCAUGCUGGGCAUGGUGAUGGGCGCUGUCAAUAACUUCAGGGAUGCAAUGCCAAAGAUGCAGAUCAGAGCCCCUGUGCGUCAGCAGGACAAAGCAGACGGCACGUCCUGUCUGGCGGGUCACUACACCGCCGCCGAGCUCAGGCCGGCUCUGGAGAGGCCACCUCAGAACGCUGUUGCCCCCGGAGCUGCUGGGAAACCUUUCCACACCGACUCGCUGAGCCCGGAAGAGCAGAAGGAGAAGGAGCGGGGUGAGGAGAAGCACUGCUUCAACCUGUAUGCCAGUGACCGCAUCUCCCUGAGCAGAGACCUGGGCGCUGACACAAGACCACCAGAAUGUAUUGAGCAAACCUUCAAGCGGUGCCCCCCCUUGCCAACCACUAGUGUGAUAAUUGUGUUUCACAAUGAGGCCUGGAGUACUCUGCUAAGGACUGUAUACAGUGUCCUCCACACCUCCCCUGCCAUUCUCCUCAAGCAGAUCAUCCUGGUGGACGACGCCAGCGUGGAUGAUGUGUUGAAGGACGAGCUGGAUGAGUAUUUGAAGCGGCUGAGCAUUGUGCAAGUUGUCCGACAGCGAGAGAGGAAAGGACUCAUCACCGCUCGGCUGCUGGGUGCCUCCGUGGCCACCGGUGACACGCUCACCUUUCUGGACGCCCACUGUGAGUGCUUUAAUGGAUGGCUGGAGCCACUGCUGGCGAGGAUAGCAGAAAACUACACUGCAGUCGUCAGUCCUGACAUAACCACGAUCGAUCUCAACACCUUUGAGUUUAUGAAGCCGUCGCCGUAUGGCCAGAACCACAACCGGGGAAACUUUGACUGGGGUCUGGCUUUUGGCUGGGAGAGUCUUCCAGAUCGUGAGAGAAAAAGGAGGAAGGAUGAAACAUACCCUAUCAAGACUCCCACAUUUGCUGGUGGACUCUUCUCCAUCUCCAAAGAAUAUUUCUACCAUAUUGGAAGCUAUGAUGAAAAAAUGGAAAUCUGGGGUGGGGAGAAUAUUGAAAUGUCAUUCAGGGUGUGGCAGUGCGGCGGACAGCUGGAGAUCAUCCCCUGCUCCAUUGUCGGUCACGUUUUCCGCACUAAGAGCCCCCACACCUUCCCUAAGGGUACGCAAGUGAUUGCUCGCAACCAGGUACGGCUGGCCGAGGUGUGGAUGGACGACUACAAGGAGAUCUUCUACCGUCGCAACCAGCAAGCUGCGCAGAUGGCAAAAGAUAGGUCAUUCGGAGACAUCUCCAGCCGCGUGGACCUCCGGGCGCGGCUGCAGUGCAACAGCUUCUCCUGGUAUUUGAAGAACGUUUAUCCAGAAGCCUUCAUGCCUGAUCUCAACCCACUUCACUUUGGCGCCGUGAAAAAUGUGGGCAAAGACUCAUGUCUGGAUGCUGGGGAGAACAAUGAGGGUGGGAAAGAGCCGAUCAUGUACCAAUGUCACGGGCAAGGAGGAAACCAGUAUUUUGAGUACUCCACACAUCAAGAGAUUAGACACAACAUUCAGAAGGAGCUGUGUUUGCACAGGGCCGCGGGGGCCGUGAAGCUGGAGGACUGCCAGUAUAAAGGCAGGAACACAUUUGUAGGAGCGGAUCAAAAAUGGGAACUGAAUGAUAACCAGUUAUUCUACGCCCCGGGACUGAACAUGUGUCUGAGUGCCCGUCUUGAGCGUCCCUCUCUCGCUGUCUGCGACCCCUCAGACCGAUACCAGCUCUGGUCCUUUGUCUGAGCGUGCAAACUACCACUUUACAAAAAGCUCCUCGGCCUGCAGAGGAUGAGUCCAUGUGUAUACUGUAUGCAGUUAACUCUUUUCUUUUUUUAGAUCAAUGACAUUGAGUUUUUUUAAUUUAUUUUUAUAUGUAGAAGAACUGAACUGCUGCUGCUGCUGGAAAGUUUGGACUUUGGGAGAAAUCCAGUGUUUAACUGCUGGAAGGAAACAUUGGAACAAUGCCCCCCAAUCAGACUGUGAACUGAGCUUCAUAGAGCAAUGAAGAUGCACUGUGUUGACAGUGCCUCUUUUGUGUUUGAGAUGUUUUCACUACUGCAAGUCUCCACAACCAUUCCGUAUUAGGCCUAUAAAGCCAACACUGAAUAUGUUCUACAGAGAAAUGUACGUGAUUCUGAAACAAAGAGCACAUUGUACAUUACAAACAAGAGGUUCAAGUUGGACACGCAAAAACAGCCUACAUGUGCACCAAAGAGAAGUGAACGUCUGAAACACAGGUAUGGUGCGCAUUGUCCCGAAUAAAAUGUGUUUUGGGUUGGUUUUUUUUAACAACGGGAAACCUGUUAUUUGGUACCGUCCAGUGCCUUGGAUGUAAUUUUAUUCUGGGUGGGAAAAGUGGUUGGGGGAUGGUGGUGGAAUGGGUGGUUGUAUGGUGGAGUUGUAGCAAUUUUCUGUUUAAACAGGAUAUAGAUUUUUACACUGUUGUGAUCAAAAGGGUCUUCACAUCAGGACUGAAGUUGAUAUAUUUGGUGAAGGUGAGGUGCGUACAUCUCUUAUGCCUUCAAACUAUCGAGUCUAAGAAAACCUUUGCAAACAGGCAUGAAGAGAAAAAGAAUUAUGAUUUGAAUGUAUGUGGUGGUCUAUAUGUUGAGUUGAGAGAAAGUGAGUUGACCCUUAAAUAUGAACUACUUCAGACUUUGCUGCUCAUUUCAAGUUCUCGUAACUGCGCAAAUGCAACGUGAUGGCAGCAUACAUGCAGUCAAGCAUGGGUGAUUUUUACAAUUCUCCCAAUCAGUUAAAUUAUAUUAAUUGAGAUUUAAUUCUAUGGUGCUUUUGAAAGGAAUCUUUCAAUGUAAAAUCCAUGCACCCGAGGAACUCCUACAUAUGCUGAUCAAAUGCCUGAAAUGAUCCCCCUACAUCUGAGCAGGAGUCUACAAAUGAAUUUCUGGUGCAGGCACUGGUGUUUGGAUGCAAGUGGAAUAUUGUGAAUUACAAUUUUUUUGUGACUGGGUGAGAAACAGGUCAAAUAUGAGGGUUUUCUUAAACUGGAAGCUGUUUGGUGUUUUGUGAGAGUAUUGAGAUGUUAUUUGGAGCUCAAUAAAUUCUGUUGGGUAGUA